GUGGCUUGUGUCUUUCAAACACCCAUAGCCUUACAACGGCAGUAAACAAAAAAGGUCCCCGGGCUUGUGUGCAGCGCCCCGGCUGUGUCUGAUGAGCUCCCGCCUACGACUAAGCCCCUGCUAUGUACCUGGGCUGCGGGGCAGCAGCAGUGCCGCACCUGGCCGUCCUGGAGGGGGCAGCCGUAUACUGGACUGAAUAGGAUGGGCAGAGGUGGGAGCACCAUGGGCUACGUGAUCUGAGUCCUGCGCCCGCACCCAGCAGGUAGCCUUGGAGAGAUAUCUAUGCUUGGUAUAGAAACUGGAUUUGUUGACACCAGUGCCAGAAAUGAAGUGCACAGGGCUUUCAGAGAGCCAGCGCCUGGAAAUACUGCUGGAGAAUGCACUUCUCAUAGAAGCUAGCAAGUGGAAAGUUCCAUGCUUUUUAGAUUCCACUAUCAAGGGCACAGAUAUCUCUCCGACGCAAUAUGAACAGACUGUGAUCCGGAUGGAAGGAUUAAAGCUGCGCUUUAAGUUCUACCCGGACACAUUUGGCUUGGCAGUUAGCACCCUGAAUCGCAUUUUAGCAUCAGUAAAGGUCCAGGGGAAGUAUCUUCAGUGCAUUGCCGUCACAUGCCUAUACCUUGCAGCUAAAACUAAUGAAGAGGAUGAGGUAAUACCAUCAGUGAAGAAGCUUGCAGUGCAGAGUGGCUGCAUGUACUCCUCUGCAGAGAUCUUAAGGAUGGAGAGGAUCAUACUAGAUAAACUGCAGUGGGAUCUGUACACAUCCACACCCGUGGACUUCCUGAACAUUUUCCAUGCCAUGGUGAUGUCCAACUGGCCUCAUCUCUUUGGUGACUUCUCUCAGAUGAAUCCUUCUCUCCAUGUUGCACUCUUGACUAAGCAGCUACAGCACUGCAUGGCAUGCCACCAGUUAUUACAGUUCAGAGGCUCCACACUGGCCUUGGCAAUUAUCAUCUUGGAGUUGGAGAGGAUGACGCUCGACUGGUUCCCUGUUAUGACCGAACUGCUGAAGAAAAUAAAGGUUGACAAUGCUGAGUUCAUUCACUGUAAAGAGCUGGUUGAUCGACGCCUUGAGACGCCAUCCAAUCCUCUGUACAUUUUCAUUUCUGCCAACCAAGACAUUCAGACAUGUAUCAAGGAUCAAGCCUCUUAUUGUCUUCCUUCAGUAACAUGUUCUACAGUCAAAAGGAACCAGACUCUCACACAAGAUUUCAAGUCCGCUCAGGAAGCCACUCUUGCAAUGGAAACUGAGUUUUAUGAUGGGUUUCAACAUCUGUACAAUGAAGACCAUGUGGAGAUGAAUGAAACUCACAAAAAGUCACAGCUAGUGGCAGCAGAGAGUAGGCUAUGUCCUCCACUGACAGUGCCCACAUCUAGAUUAGAAGAAAGCUUAUAGAAUGAAUCUCUGGCAAAAGUCGCCACAAUUUGCUGGUGCCAAAGCAACCCUGCGAGUAUAUGGGGUGCACGUGUGCCUCUAGAUUUUGCUUUUGCUUUAAACCAGGCACGCUGUCAACAAGUAUUGCCAAACAUGCUGCCACAAUUGCACUGCAAGUGUUCCUCCAUCCAUGGUCAUUACAUGAGGUAUAAGUAUGUAAAGGGAACCUGUCAGGAGAUUCAUGCUGCCCAAAUCAAGACCGGCUCCCAGGUUACUGCAGUGAUUUAGAGGAAACAUAGGGGGUCAUUUAUCAAACUGGUGUAAAGUAGAACUGGCUUAGUUUCCCAUAGCAACCAUACAGAUUCCACCUUUCAUUUUCCAAAGGAGCUGUGAAAAAUGGAUUCUGGUUGGUUGCUAUGGGCAACUUAAGCCAGUUCUACUUUACACCAGUGUAAAAAAUGACCCUUGGAGGAUAAUCAUCUGGGGGCUCCUUUCAUUGACAUGUCUUUUGCCAUUUGGUUAGAGAGAGACUUGUCCAUCAAGUGUGAUAGGGAGUAGCUGUCCCUAUGAAUAUUCUCCUAGUUAGCACAUUGUAAACUAUAUGUCAAUAUAAAACAUUGCUGUUUGUAACCAAGGAGCCUCUUGAGAUUCUGCUUGUUGCUUGGACAAUAUGAACCUCCUGACCGAUUCCCUUUCAAAUAUAUGUGUGCCUAUUUACAUAAGUAUUCAAGGGCCAAGGGAUUUAUUUGAUGUUCUCAUAUAAUUUUAGUAGGAAUCUAUUGUGUAGAGAGUUUUGUGUUUCUUAGUUUUCCCCUGGUAAUUUAAUUUCAUGGGGAGUGACCUGAACUGAUCCAUAUGGUGGAUUAAUCCACACACAUUCAUAUAGAAAAUGUGGGCUAGUCUAAAAGGUGGCUCCUUAAAAUAAAAACAUCCAUCCAUUUAUAUUAAGGUUGUCCAGCCUUCAGUGGGAGCAGUGCUGAACUGUCCACUACAAUGUUGAUGCUGCUGUGUAGUUUUAGCAAUGGAUCUACACCCAAACAGCUGAUGAGCAGGGAUACGGGGUGUCGGACCUCUGCCGAUCAGCCAGUGAUGGCCUAUCCUGAGAGAAUGGACCAUCACUUAAAAAAAAGCCUGGACACUGCCUUUUCAAUAGCGGGGGAGGGGUUUUGCGUUUUAAGAAACAGGUGUAGAAUCCCUUUAAAAAAAAAAAAAGGCAUAUGUGAAUAGAAAACCAUUUUGUUCAUGGCUGGGCAGUCUGCCAGAACAGUAUCUGCUUCUAGUGGGCCUCUUCUCUGUUUUACGGUUGCCUGAACAGGCCCCCCCCCCCCCCUCAGUGAUGCCUAAUGAGGCAUAUAAAUAGGGAUUUCCUUCAGACUGAUACCAUUUACAGUACUUGCAUCAAGGUGUCUCACAUUGGAUAUUACACAUGUGCUAGUAUGACUAUUUCUCAAAUACUACUACACUCAGGGAUUUCUUGUCUAGGAGCAAGAUGAUUCAUACAAUGAUGGGGAUAUAACAAAAAUGGAGCAUAGACAAUUUGGAGUAGUUACCCAUGGCUGACUUAGCAACCAGUUAGUUUGCUGCUUUCAUUUAGCAAAGGACCUUUGAAAAACAGGCAGUAUCUGUUUGCCACGGACAACUAUUCCACAUUCUUUUGCACCACUAUUAUGCAUCUCCCUUAAAUCUUUCAGUACCAGCCUGUUCUACUUUAAUGGUUUAGCCCAUCAAUGGUCCUGGUUUGUCCUUAUUCUGGGAAUAAACUCAACUCAGAAGCAUUUUUCUCGGUUCAAUAUGACCAAGUUUGUACCCUUUCCUCAUUUUAUGUAUUUUAUUAUAAGUUCAUCUAAAGGCUCUCAUACAUGUAUGGUAAAUUGUUUUAACAAAGGCAGUGUUGCCGGCCAGGUUUGAAAAUUAAUAAUCUGAUCAGCUAUUAUGGGCAAUACUUACUGUCUUGCUUAGAAUAGUUGUUCUACAUGAGGCCAGGCGUGUCUUUGCUUAUUUGUAAUACGUUACUUUUAUAUUAUUUUAUUGUAACAGAUUAAGUACUUUUUAUUAUACUGUGCUAAAGAAGUAUACAUGUCACAUUAAUUGCACCUUUUUAUUUCUUUGAACAGUGGGCAGCUAGUUGUUUUACCCUUAUGUGUUUGUGCAUAAAUAAUGUGAUCUUGGCUUUUAUUUUACUUUUAUGUUGUGUAAAAAAAAAAAAAAAAUCCAGAAAGAAAAUGGUUACAAAGUUACCUGUAUGUUUUGAGUAUUGUUAAAGGCGCAGAAGAAAAGCACCAUCUUAUGUUUAAAUGUUUUUUUUGGCUUUAAGACUUUCAUUACAAUUUCUUCCACAAGGAGUGCCAAGGCUGAUGUUUAGUACAGCCCAGGACAGAGGGUGCAGGGUCUUCUCAUGUACAGUAUCAUUGUUUCUUUACAGUGGUUAAUGGAAAAGAUAACAUCCUUUUAUAUUCAUGGUGAGUUGUAGGUUACAUUGUAUUUAUUUCAUUAUUAUUAUUUUUUUUUAUAAACCUGAAACUGUGAGUUGCCUGAUGACUGUAAGGUAAAUCCUGAUAUACUAAUUUCAGUCAUGUUGGCUAUAUUGUCUUAUUUCAUUAAAUCUGGUGCCUAUAACACACAAAA